GGCAGCGAGCAGAGUGGGACAAGAGGAUUUCGUCACUGGGCUGCGGAAACUACCAUACGAAAGCCAGCGAUCUCUCUGGGCAGGAGAAGAGUCUUAAAAGCAGCAGUGAUCGGGCAAACGCUUUAUUUAAAGUCCCAGCUCAGUUAAAUAAAUAGAAGGAAAAAAAAAAACCAUCUACUCCCUUGUAAAGAAGAAGGCCUUCGGAGAUGGGCGACAAGGCGGGGACCAGAGUCUUCAAGAAGUCUAGCCCCAACUGCAAGCUCACAGUAUACUUGGGGAAGAGGGACUUUGUGGAUCAUCUAGAUCAUGUGGAUCCUGUAGAUGGCGUGCUCUUGAUCGACCCAGAAUACCUUAAAGACAGAAAAGUGUUUGUGACCCUGACGUGUGCCUUCCGUUAUGGCCGUGAGGACCUGGAUGUUCUGGGACUGUCUUUCAGGAAGGAUCUCUUCAUCUCCAGUUUUCAGGCAUAUCCCCCACUGCCUGAGGAACGCAAGCCGCUCAGUCGCCUACAGGAGAGACUGCUCAAGAAACUCGGCCAGAAUGCAUACCCUUUCAACUUCAUGAUUCCUCAAAACCUUCCCUGCUCAGUCACUUUACAGCCUGGCCCAGAGGACACAGGAAAGGCGUGUGGUGUAGACUUUGAGGUCAGGGCAUUCUGUGCCAAAACUGUGGACGAGAAGACCCACAAGCGGAAUUCUGUGCGGUUGGUGAUUCGUAAGGUGCAGUAUGCUCCAGAGAAGACUGGUCCUCAGCCAAUGGUGGAGACCACACGCAGCUUCCUUAUGUCUGACCGUUCCCUUCACCUCGAGGCCUCGCUAGAUAAAGAGCUCUACUACCAUGGUGAACCUAUCAGUGUCAAUGUUCAUGUCACAAACAACUCCACCAAAACAGUCAAACGAGUUAAAAUCUCAGUGCGACAGUAUGCCGAUAUCUGUUUGUUCAGCACCGCACAGUACAAAUGUCCUGUGGCUCAGGUAGAAGCCGAUGACCAGGUAUCACCCAGCUCCACAUUCUGUAAGGUGUAUACACUCACCCCCACACUGAACAAUAACAGAGAGAAGAGGGGUCUGGCUCUAGACGGACAGCUAAAGCAUGAAGACACCAACCUGGCCUCUAGUACCAUAGUAAAAGAUGUGGCCAAUAAAGAGGUGCUGGGAAUCUUGGUGUCCUACAGAGUCAAAGUCAAGCUAGUGGUGUCACGUGGAGGUGAUGUGUCUGUGGAGCUGCCUUUUGUCUUGAUGCAUCCCAAGCCCUCUGAACAGCCCAACUCGAGACCGCAGUCAGUUGUACCAGAAACAGAUGUCCCUGUGGACGCCAACCUCAUAGAGUUUGAAACAAAUAAUUUCUCACAGGAUGAUGACUUUGUGUUCGAGGACUUUGCAAGGCUCAGGCUGAAGGGAAUGAAAGAUGAAGAGGAUGACCACUUCUGCUAACGCCUCCCCCUACACACACAUGACACCAUGAGGCGGUUGGAAGGAAAGGGGACAGGGGCUGGGUGUCAUCCUGCCAGUACUCUCAUUCUUCUGCUCCACUGGGCCCAUCUGAUGGUGUGGAGCACAUACUGAUUUUUUUCAAAGGCUCCUUAACUUUCUUUUCCCUCUUUUCUCUUUCUUUUGACUCCCUCACCAUUUUGGCAUCUGUGGUGUGGUCCUUAUAUUGACCUUUGUUUAUCUGGUCAUAUGAGCCACUUCACAUUGGUGCAUAUGUUGGAUAGAAAUUUGAUGGAGAUGAAAACAAUGAUGAACUGAUGUUACACGUGUCAUCUAUACAUCAAUGUAUAAUAUUGUGGGUGAUCAAAGGGUCCAUUGAUUCAGGGGUGACUUUUUUUUCUCUACCUUUUUGUUUCCUUUUUCUUUCUUUUGUCAUCAAAUUCCCACUUAUAUAUCAAGUGGGCAUUAAUAGCUAUAUAAUGAUGAUACGUGUUCCAUGUUAUUACAUUGUACAGUACAUACACUGUUCAUAGACACCAUAGGGAACUUGAUUUUGGUGUUAAUUUUAUUCCACUUUCCUAGACCCGUAAUCUAAUCCAUCCUUACCUGCUCAACAGCUUUUAUGUUAUAGUUACGUAAAAUGUAUACAUAUCAUAAAAUAAAUAUGUAAUAACACUUUUCAGUGCACUUGUAGUGCACACAGUACUCAAAUAAGUAAGGAUGUGGCAUUUUUAGGGAAAGAGUAGUUUGUAAAGCGCAUUAGUAAACAAGCAUCUGAUUUCUAAUGAACAUUUUAGCAUCUAUUCUACUUGUAGAUUUGUAGAAUAUGUACACACUGCUACAAGUCCAGUGCGAAAUUAGCUCAUAGAUAACAGAGGCCAGGGACAGACUCUGAGAAUGUCAGAUGCCUGAUAUAUUUGUGUGCCACACAAAAUUUUAUUCCUCAUUAUUUGUGCCUGCCCAACUUUAUUUGCCAAAACGUGAUGAUUUAUAAUGUUGCUUGUAGGCUAAGCUCAGUUUUUUUUUUUUUUUUUAAAUGAUAUGCGCAUUCCAUGUUUUAGUUCACGGGAACUGAUCAUGUAACCAUAUGACUGCCAGAAAUAUUUUGAUGAUGGUUAUUUUUAAAUCUCAGUUAGAGCAUGAUUUCCAGGAAUUUUCAUUUUGAUUAUUCUCCCAGGAUCAAGCUUUUCCUUUUGACAUUCUGCAUAGUUUACUACUGAACAAUGGCAAAUUUACUUAUGUUACAAUGUGUAAAAGGAAGAAACAUUGUGUAGUGAUCAAAAUGGAGCUCCCAUUGAAGGACAAAAACAAUAUCUCUAAAAUAAAGGUUUGCUUUGUUUAAAGCACCCAUACACGCAUGGAGCAUACUUGCCAGUAAGCAUAAAUGCAUUCGAUUUCAACUUUGUUGAGCCCUCUAUUUGUCUACUUAACCACAGAUGCCAGCACAAGAAAUCUGGGAUGCUUCAAAUUAUUUUCAGGAUGUUUUAAAUGAAAUCUUUACUUCUUUCUCAGUAGAGAUGACUUUUAAAAACAUCACAGCUCUAUAGAACAUCAAAUGGCUUUGCAGGAGAUCAGCGUGUAAAGCUCUGCAGCUAACUAGAGCUCUACCCAGUAACCAAAAACCUCAGUACUUCAUUACAGAGUUUCCUCACUAAACAUGUUGGCCCGAUGAUUGAUAGAUCAUGGGCAGCAGAGACAUUUUUCUUAAGUUCUAACUCAUUUACAUUCUUUUGCAACCACAAAUACCUUAUUUACAUCUUUUAUUUAAAAUUCAAAGUUUGUUUUUGUGAACGCUUUAAAGAGCUUGAUCAACUAGCCAGAAGUCUCCUGCUGAAGUCGUACACACUGUAUAUAUUAUAUUUGUCUAUGUAAAUUGUACACGCAUUACUGUCAGAAGACAGUAAGCCUAUGUCCAGUAAAGCCCGCUGUGAAAUCUGGGUCACGAGGAGGAUGUUUAGUUGGUGGUUUUUAUUUUAGAUUGAUUUCCUUUGCAGCCAAACAGCUGAUUGAUUCAGUCUGGCUCUGUCAAGAAAACAGGAAGUGAUUAGCAUAAAGUGCUGAGAGAUACUCCAUUUUCAGUUUUUAGAUUUUUAUACAGGAAGCCUCUUUUCACGGAUGUAUGUGAAGACCCAUAAAUGCUGUGAGCUCCGAUUUAGUAUUUUGUCAUACUGUAUGACUUAACCAACAGCAUUAUAAACAAUUUUUUUAAAAGUGGGCCCAAUAAGUAAGGCUUUAUAUUUUAUGAUUUUGGCACAGUAUGUGGAGACAAUUGAGUUGUGAUGAACAUGGCUAAACACGGAUCUGAAAUCACUGUGGCAACUGGAAAUGUAAUUAUUUUAUCUUGUCAAACAUACAGUGAAAUGUGUCAGGAAUAUUUGCACACUAGUGAGUAAUGCGAAUUCUAAACCAGCUCCAGUUAGAUCAUUUGUGCUAUAGAUCAACAUGAUCUUACUGAGAGACCGUUUAAUGUAUUGCAUUCUUUAUGUUUGCAUACAGGUAAUUUUCUUGACUUUGCUCAGUCAACAAUAGAAUGCCUUGUUUGACACAUGCUGAUACAUGGCAGGGAGCCUAUCUUCAUUAGCUGGAUUAACACUUAUUCUCUGUCUACAGUAUACGGAGUGCUUUACUAGAAAGCUGUGCAUGCAUUCUAGAGGUGGCUGUAGGCUUUGGGAAUGUUUUACUAUUGUAAUAGCGUGACCAUCUUGAUGUAAAACUUUGCUUUGGUGAUCUGGAUGGAGCCUGUUAUGGCUAAAGCUGACAAGUGUAAAAAGAAAUGUAUCAUUAUUUGCAGAUUUAUUUGGGUCUUAAGGUGACACACUUUCAUGUUGGUUUAUUGCUUAUCAAGAACCAUAUGUCAGACUUUUUUUUUUUUUUUUAAGGAUUAUCUUAAAGCUAGUUUUGACUACUAAAAUUGAUAUUAUGAGAAUAAACGUACAUGCUUCCUGGUAAAUUAAUAAUUUGACUAAAAAGUAAGAUUUCAAAAUAUAUUGAUAUGAAUU